UUUCAGGAGAACGUUAGUGAGGGGGGGGGGAAACGACAUCCGCAGACCCUUUUCCCGGAUUCCUGUUGGGAAAACUGAUUUACAACGAACUGGACAUAGUUUCCGUCACCCCCAUUGCUUUUCUCCUUAUAGGUCGGACGGGAAGACUUUACGGCGUCUUAAUAGUUCUUUCAUUUGAGAAUAUUUCUUGAUAUUUGCGUAUGAAAACGAUAUAAAAUAUCCGGUUCCUGAAAGGCAAUUUUUUUUAAAAUUAAAAAUGAAAAAAACUUAAAGCAAAAGCUUAUAUUCGUAAAAUUUAAAGAAAGUUUGAAAACAAGGAAAACAAAUAUUUGGGAUCAAUUACAAAUAAGAUGCUGACAUUAAAAUAUUUAAUUUGAAUUUGAGAUGGGAUGUUUCUUACGGUGUUUUAAAACCUGUUCUAUGUUCAACCGUUAUAUAUUCUUUUAGAUAUUUAAUCACGUAAGGAUACAAAAAAAAAAAAAAAAAAAAAAAAAAAAAANAAAAAAAAAAAAAAAAAAAAAAAAAAAAAUUAAAAAAAUGGCUCAAAGUGCGGGUUCUGAAUACCCAAAUGAAACCUCACAAAACUUAACUCAAGAGUAUGAGCAACCAAGAACGAGCACUCCCUCAAAAGAGGAGGGUUCUCAAAUGGGACAAAAAAUGUUUGGUGCAACUUUACACCCUUCAAAAAGAGAACAUUUUUAUCAUCUUUUGUGGACUAAUAAACAUGUGACGGGGACACUAUGUGCAGUAUUUUGGUCUUUUGGAAUGUGUGUUGCUUUCCUUGGACCAACACUUUUGGAUUUGGGUUGCAAGACAAAUACAGUAUUUGCAACCAUGUCAUGGGUAUUCUUCAGCCAAUCUUUGUUCGUACUACUUGGUUCAGCAUGUGGUGGAGUUCUCGUACAAAGAAUCUCCCAUUAUGCUCUAUUGGUGAUGAGUAUCAUUAUGAUGUGUCUUACAAUGGCCAUUAUUCCCUUUUGUAAAGCUCUUUGGAUAUUAGCUUUUGUUCUUGCUGUUAUGGGAUUCUUCAUGGGUUUAAUAGAUACAGUGGCUAAUGUUUCAAUGAUUCGAAUAUAUGGAAAAGAUGUCUCCCCUUUCCUACAGGCUUUGCAUUUUUUCUACGGUGUUGGCGCCUUUAUUAGUCCUAUGAUAGCUCAACCAUUCUUGUUAAAUGAAGACUGUUCGCCUUUUAUAGACAACAAUUCAAAACCGGUACAUAUUUUGGGAGAAGAUGAAUCACUUCCGGCUAAAACUUUAGUGGAAGCUCAAAGAAUGACUCAUAUAGACAACGUUUUUUGGAUUAUGUCCGCUUUAAUGGUUCCUGUCGUGCUCCUCAGUUUUACCUUAUUUGGUAAAGAUGUAUAUUUAAAAAUGAUGGGAAGAGAAGAUUUGAGUGCAAAUAAACAAGAAAAAGAAAUUCCUGCCCCAGAUGAAAAAUAUGACACAAGUCCAGUUUCAGCAUUACAAACUAUUGUAAUUACAUUAUUAUGUGCAUCACUGAUGUUUUUGUACGAUGGAUUACAAGCCAUAUAUGGUGGAUAUUUAUACUCGUACGCUGUAAAAGGUCCCGUUAAUUUGAAAAAAUCAAAUGCAGCCUAUUUGAAUGCAUGUUUUUGGGGAAUGUUUGCUACUGGCCGUUUAUUAUCAAUUGCUAUCGCUACUCGUUUUGCUCCAGCAUUCAUGCUUGGGUGUAAUAUAGUGGGAUGUACUUUAGGCAUGCUAUUUAUGCUAGCUUUCAGUGAAAGUAAAGCUGUUCUUGUGAUGGGUACGUGUAUUAUUGGUCUUUUUAUGAGCUCUGUAUUCCCCACAGCACUCUCCUUAACAGAAGAAUACAUAAAAGUUACACCUACUAUCACUACUUUCUUAGUAUUCGGAGCUGCAUUAGGAGAAAUGUCAAUGCCAGUUAUUUUAGGACAUGAAUUUGAUCGAGCUGGACCUAUAACCUUCUUAGUGACUGGUGUAGUUCUUUGUUUCAUGUCUCUCAUUAUAUACAUGGCGUUAUUUCUGGCUGGACACAACAUAGUUCGUUACGCAACCACAGGAGGUUUGUUUGGCUUAUCUCGUUUCCCAGCAAAUGCACAAGAAGAUACAAGUCUGACUACACAACAUGUUCGUUAUUAUUCUAGAAUGACAGGGGACACUUCAGAAGAUAAUUUAGCAGAAUCAUCAUUUACAGAAAAACCAUCUUAAUUCUUAUAAUCCAUUUCUUAGGCAUAAUCUUUGAUUAAGUGUUAAGAACAAUUUUUAUUAAUAUUUGAAAAUUGCUUAAAGUAAUUUUUAAAAAUGAUAUUAGAAUUAAUGUUUACAACUAAAUGAGAUGAUAUAAAAUAAAUUUUAAAAUUAUUAUGUGGAUUGCAUCAGUAUAUUACAGUUUAUUGUACAAAACAGGUUAAUUUAUUUAGUUAUCAUUAAAUAAAACUGUUUGAAAUUUACUUACAAUGCAUUGAUUAAAUGUAUAUAAUUAUAGACAUAAAAUCAAUGUGCUAAUGGAACAAAUCCAGCACAUUCGUUCCCACCAUUGGUUAAGAGGGUGCACUUUCCCUCCAUGGAAAUCAAAUAAAUAAAAUGCUACACUUGCUUAUAAUAAUUUCUGAGCGUCCCCUUCUUACCAGCAAUUAAAAAAUCUUUUAUUUACAUACUAUCGAUAUGUGAACUCAUCUAUUUGAGAAAUUUCGUUUCAAAUAAUUCUAAAAGAAGUUUUAAUAUCUGAAAUCUUCGGUAAAGUAAAACUAAAAUUUGAAACACAUGUCAAAUCGUUACUUACCUAAACAUUUAUAAUAUUUAAGCAAUAAAAAUAGAAAACAGUUAUAAUAAUAAAAUUUACUUUGUAAUUUACAUCUUUAAAUUGUGCCAAAAAGUCGCAUUCUAAAAAUUUCCUGUUCGAUAAAUCUAAAAGCUUAAAUAAU